AUGAAAUGUGGUAGAUUGCCUUUGGCUUUGAAAGCACUUGGGAGGGUCUUGAAGGGAAAUAGAAAUGGUGAUGAAUGGGAGAAGUUGUUGAAGAGUGAGAUAUGGGAUAUAGAUGAUGGAAGCGAGAUUCUUCCGGCUCUAAGACUAAGCUAUUAUCAUCUCCCUCCACAUUUGAAGCAGUUGUUUGCAUACUGCUCCUUAUUUCCCAAGGACACUGAGUUUAAAAAGAAUGAGUUGGUCCUGAUGUGGAUGGCAGAGGGAUUUUUGUCCCAAUCAAAAUCAAUGGAGAGUUUAGGUCAUCGUUAUUUUGAAGAGCUACAGUCAAGGUCCUUUUUUCAACAUUCAAUGAAUGACAAGUUCGAAUAUACAAUGCAUGAUCUGAUGAAUGACUUGGCCACAAGUGUUGCAGGAGAGUUUUUUUGUAGAUUGGAUGGUGAGAUGGAUGUAUCUGACACGAAUGAAGUUUUUGAGAAGCUUCGUCACUUUUCACUUAUAGCUUCAUCAUCUGGAUCAUAUAGAAAGCUUAAGCAAUUACAAAAAUCUACUCGCUUGCACACUUUCAUAGCAGACUAUGUUCAUGAUGAAUUACUUCAUAAACUACAGUUUAUAAGGGUGCUAGGACUAUCUGGACUCACAAUCAGAGAGGUACCAGAAUCCAUUGGUAGUCUCAAGCAUCUACGAUACCUUAAUUUUUCUUUUACUUCAAUCACAUGUUUGCCAGAACAAGUGAGUGACCUUUAUAAUCUACAAAGCUUGUUGGUUCAUCAUUGCUAUAAGUUAUCUAGCUUGCCAAAAAGUUUUGCAAAGUUAAUAAACCUGCGACAUCUUGAUGUAAGGAAGACUCCGAAUUUGAAGAAGAUGCCCUUAGGGAUGGGUGGGUUGAUGAGUCUACAAACUCUAACCAAGGUCUUUAUUGAAGAAGGUAAUGGGUUCAAAAUAUCCGAUCUUAAGGGCCUAUUGGAUCUUCAAGGCCGACUUUCGAUUAAGGGGCUGGACACAGUUAAAAAUUCAAUAGAAGCAAAGGAUGCCAACUUACAUGAAAAGAAAGGUCUUGAUGUUUUGGAGAUGGAAUGGAGUGAUGUGUUUGAUGAUUCUCGGAAUGAGAUGAUUGAAUAUGAAGUACUUAAAGAACUAAGGCCUCAUCCUAAGUUCAAAAAACUCAAGAUUUUCAAUAACAACGGAAUGCGAUUUCCUAGUUGGGUUGGCGAUCCCUCCUUUGAUCAGUUAACAGAGAUUACGCUAUGUGGCUGUCGAAGUACACACUUACCAACACUUGGACUUUUAGGGUCUCUUAGGAAGUUGGUUGUUGAAAGCAUGAGUGAGGUGAAGAGUGUGGGUUUUGAGUUUCUUGCACCUGUAAGUUCUUUUAUUGGCAUUGGAUUUCCAUCGCUUGAAAUUCUGGAAUUUAAUGAUAUGGAAGGUUGGAAGAGAUGGUCGAUUAAUGGUGGCGACGGAUAUGAAACUCCUACAUCAUUUCCUCGUCUUCAUCAGAUCUCUUUAAUAAAUUGUCCAGAACUAGCUGAAGUGUCAAUCGGAUUGAUACCUUCACUUCGGGUUUUAUAUAUAGAAGAAUGUUCCGAAGCAGUGUUAAGAAGCAUGGUUGGUUUGUCCUCAUCACUUGUUAAAUUAAAAAUUUUAAAUGUCAAAGGACUUACUCAACUACAUGGAGAAGAUUUAAUGCAUCUUGGGGCAAUUGAAGAUCUGGAAAUUAAAAAAUGUGAUGAACUGAGAUACUUGUGGGAACGAGAACCAGAAGCAUGGCAGAGUCUUGUGAGUUUACAGAAGUUGGAAGUAUGGUGGUGUAAAAACUUGGUUUCAUCAGCUGAGAAAGAGGAUAAUUUUGGGAUCAGCAUGGAAUCACUUAAAUAUGUGCAAUUUUAUAACUGUGAGAAAUUGGAGAGUUACAAUUGUACAAAUACUGUUGAGAGGUUGCUUAUACGUCGUUGUGAUUCAAUGACCUCUUUGACCUUCUCAGCAGUGCAGGAGCACCCAUCCCCUCUUACUGAAUUGAUAGUCAGUGAUUGUGGCAACAUACAACCCAAACCCAUUCCAGUCAAAGAUUUCCUGUUUCUCUCCAUGUCUCGCCUAACAUCUCUUACUGUCUUUAACUGCAAGAAUCUAAAGUCAUUUCCUCAUGAGCAUUUUCAAAGUCUCACAUCUUUGGAAGAAAUGGAGAUAUAUGAUUGUCCAAGUAUGGACUACUCCUUUCCUUGUGGGGUGUGGCCUCCUAAUUUGACCAAACUAACCAUAGGAGGCCUAAAUAAGCCCAUGAGUAGUUUCAUUUAUAGUGGCAGAAGAUGUGAAGAAUAA